AUGCCUGGACGUGACUCUGCGACUGCAGCUGUUUCGAUCACUUGGGCUCUUCCUGCAACUGAGGACGACCCCUCAGCCAAUAAAUUCGACGAGUUUAUGUCCGACAACCAGGAGGCAUUUGGUUCUUGCACGUCCGACAAACAGCUCAGUCGACUGAGCCCAUUCAAAGUCAUUACUUUCUUGGCUGAGCAUCACUCUGCUCGUGAGAUGCUUCGGAUCAUUGUGGAAGGCUGUAACAAGCCAACUUUUAUCCCUGUGAUGAUGAGCUCUAUUGAUCGCACAGUUUCGGAUGAGACUAAUGCAGUUUCUAUUGAAGCAACCAUCCUUGCGAACUCGAUUCAAAUCGCCCUAUUUGGGCCAACUGAAUGGGAUGGCAGUCCAGUUACACGCCGUCCUACUGACGCUCGCUGGCCGCUUAAACGCGAUCUUCAAGGUGAUAAGGCGGCAUUUGGACCAUUCUCUUGGGAUGAUGUCAAUUCCGUUGUCGUCUUAUUCUUAUAUAUGAUCGCUCGCCGGAAGUCAAAGGCCAACAUGGUAUCUGCUCGCCCCCCGCCAAAGUACAAAGAAAAAGACUUGAAAGAGUUUUUCUAUACGCCGCCUACACUUUCUCGACAAGCUCUUCAGAAAACCAAGGAGCAACUAACUGCAUUAUCGGUUAUCUUUACAGCUGGUGCUGACUUGGCCAGCACCUAUGGGCUCGAUACACCCCUUACCGAUGAGUAA